UCCUUCUGCCCUUGCUCUAUACCGAUUGUUUUCCCCACUCCCAACGCUAGAGCACACGCUAAAGUGUCUGCCCGCGUGGGGAAAAGAUGGAAAUCGACAAGCGUGAAGCGAUCACGGCUUCUAACCUUGGUCCGGUAGUCAGCUUGCUGACCUGGAUCAUGGAAGCUGCGGUUGUCAUCGCCGUCGGUGUCAAGUUUACUUUGUCGUCUAUUAUACCUGGAAGGCGAAACAGGGAAGAUGCCGUACUGUUUUUUGCUACGGUCUUCAGCAUUGGCUUCACAGUCUCGAUGUCCGUUGCUGUACCUAACGGAAUAGGGAGGCAUCAGGACACAUUGUCGACAAAUCAGCUAGAGACCUUGCAAAAAGGAGUUUAUUCUGCGAAUAUUCUGCUUGUUCUGGUCUCGAGCUCUGUGCAAGCCUCGGUUCUCAUCUUUUUCCACGAGAUCACCCCGGACUUUUUCCACCUGAGAUUUAUCUAUGCCUUGGCGGUCUUGAUGACCCUAUUUUGCAUCUCGUCUUUCUUCGUCGCCGCCUUCCCUUGUGCCUCGCCCUCUGUGUGGGGGAUCUUGGGGACUCAAUGCAUCGACCAACUCUCUUUUUGGGAGGUAUUCGCCGCAGUGAAUAUCGUGAUUGAAGGCGCUCUGAUUCUCUUUCCUGUCCUCGUAGUCUAUCCCCUGACGAUGAAAAAAAGACGCAAGGCCAUAGUGAUCAGCUGCUUCGCCGUUCGUAUCAUAGUCAUCGGAGCUUUCGUGGCACAGUUCUACGAAGCCCAAAUCUUAAAGUCGCACAUUGUUGACCGGACUUUUCACAUUUGGAAAUACCUCCUGACCACGGUAUUUGUUCAGGCGCUCAGCAUCAUCACAGUGUGCAUCCCCUACAUUAGAAACUUGCUUCUGGGUAUGGAAUCAGGCAUGAUACAGACAGGCCAUUUCAGAUUACCCAGUAGGCAAGGCAUCGACACCGAGAUUUCCCUUCGACGUAUCACAGUCGACGAGACGAGUACCAACUUAUCUGGUAGCGCAGACCCAAAACUCGAAGAAUCCACUAUCAGCCACGGGAAGAAGGAUGGUCGCAUAUGAAGGAGAUAAUACCCGAGACACGAGUUCGUUCGGAGGAUUUACUGUAGCUCGGGCGAUUAGUAUAGGGCUGGCAUUUCCUACCCGCCUAAAUGUCUCUAAUGAGAAAGAGUCGCAAGAGGCGAUAGAAAUUAGAGAAUAAUUCUAAGAAGUUAAAGUACUUACCAAGAUCUCAAUGUUAAUAAGAUAUAUAGGUAGAUCCUAGGUAAAAUCCUUUCUAAUCGAAAGUAGACCGCCAAUCCUGCCCAUAUCAAUCAGGAGGCGGCAAACUUUUGGUGUCGUACUAAUAUCGCUA